AUGAAGGUCAUCUCCACGAUUACAGCUUCGCUCCUGAUUGGAUCGGUUACUGGACUACUUGGCGGCGUAGCGGUUUCCCCCGAUGGAGCUUAUCAGGACCGCCGCUUACAACAAAAGAGGUACGUGACCGGCAUUCGGCAGACCAACGACAUUAAAUCCGACGCGGACUUCAGCUACUGUGUUGGUGCGAUUUAUGUUGAAGGCCGCGACGACGGCAAUGACGGCGAGAUGAUCGAGAUCUCAAGCAUCCAUGGACACCCGAACUAUAACAAUAAAUCGUAUGUGAACAACUUUGCCGUGUUAAAGCUGGCAAAAGAAGUACAAGAUGAUAUUAAGCCAUUGAAGCUUGCGAUACCUGUCACUAAAAUCCAACCUGGAAUGUGGGGAAAGGUUAUGGGUUGGGGAUCUUCCGUCGCUUAUGGUCCGUUUUCCGAGGUGCUGCUUAAGCUUGACCAGCAGCUGAUGUCUGACGAGGAUUGUCAAAUAAGGAUCGGUAUCACCGCUUUCGAUAUGACAUACAUGUGCGCUGGUGGCGAGGCAAAUAAGUCUCCGUGCACCGGAGACGCCGGCGGCCCGCUGAUCUUCGAGAACCCCGAGGGAGACGGCGACGACGUUCUGAUUGGUUUAGUAACCAAGAGCAUGUACCCUUGCGGCGCCGAGGGAUACCCCACUCUCUACUCGCGUGUGUCGUCGGUAUAUGACUGGAUCAAGACUACCAUAAAGGCAUAA